UCUCUCAUACUAUACCCACUUACACACACGGCACACUGCUUAGGUGUUUGCAGCAGAGAAAAAAAUGGCAGUUGCGAGUAAAAGUUCGAACUACUGGGCAUUUUCUCUCAGGGUUUUACUUAUAUCUACUGGAUGUUUAUCCAUGGCAAUAAUUUUAAAGCUUUCUAUACCAGUGGCAUUAGAAUUCAUGAUAUCUGUCGUUCCUGUGUUUUGGACUUCUUUUCUAUCUUGGUUGACUCCUCCGUAUCUCUAUGUAAUUAUAAAUGGUAUCAUCAUUACCAUCGCUGCAUCUUCAAGAUUUCAUCACAAAAAUGACAGCCAUCCUCAAGCCGAACCGUUAGUACCUGUUAAUAAGAUCAUUACUCCUAAUCAACAGUCGGAUUUUGUUAUGUCAUCAGGAUAUGAUGAUACCAUGAUGAUGAUGAAGAAUGCAAUGGAAGUUAGAUCAGAAUACGAGGGUAUGAUUAGUUAUGAGAAUCAUGUAGUUACAAUGAAGAAUCAAGUUGAUCAAGUAAGAACAGAGUUUGGUGGUAUAGUUGUUGGUUAUGGGCACAAUGGAGAUACCGAAAAGGAUCUUGCUAAUCAGGUUGGAACAGAAUAUGGGGAAAUGUUUGGAUAUGAUCAUCAUGAAGUUAUGGUGAAGAAUCUAGAGGAGUUUGAAGACUUGAAACCGAAGUUGUAUGAGCACAAACAAGAAGAAAAUUUGAUUCCAGAAAGGAAGAUCAGUAGAGUGGAUGAUUUUAGUCAGGACGAGAAUGAAAAUAGUUUUGUGAUUUCAAGAUCUUCAUGGACGCCAAAUCGAACAGAUACAGAGUUUGAGGCUGAUAUUAUGUUCUCAAAUGAAAAGCCACCAGCUUCUUCUAGAUUCAAUCACAAGAAAUCUGUCAAAGCAAGUCCUGAAGGUGGAAAGACUUUAGGAGUCACGAAACCAAAGAGACAUGACACAUUGGAGGCGACAUGGAAGACGAUAACCGAUGGUCGAUCGAUGCCAUUAACACGACACUUAAAGAAAUCCGAUACUUGGGAAGCUCGUCACCAUAAUACUCAACAAGAAUCAUUACCAAAGUGGAUGAAGAAAUCAGAGACAUUUACUGAAAGACAUAACAAUCAAUCAUCAUUAUCACCAUCUCCAAUUUCAUCAGGUAAGCUUAAGAAAGAACCAUCAUUGAGUCAAGAUGAUUUGAAUCGUAGAGUUGAAGCUUUUAUCAGCAAAUUUAACGAAGAUAUGAGAUUACAGAGACAAGAGUCAUUGAAUCAAUACAAGGAAAUGGUUAACCUUCGUGCCCAUUAAGCCCACAAUGCAGAUACUCUUUUUUUUUUUUUUCUUGUUUUUUUUGUGGAAUAUAAAGGAAUUAGGAAUCUGAAGGAAAAGCAAGAGAAUUUUAGUUUGCUUGAUUCUUCGUUGUAAUUUGAUUGUAUGUUGUCGUUUAAUUUCAAAUAAGUUGUUGGAUUAAAGUUUAAGAGCAGAUUUAUAAACAGUAGAAUAUAUUUUUAGUUUUUGAGUUUA